GCCCAUGUUAUAUUGGGCUUUGGGGUAUUUCAUUUCGUGUUCUUCCCACUCUGUUUGCAGCGGCAGAGGAAAGGAAAAUAAUCAAAAUAUGCGCGGCAGGCUGCGGAGAUCUUCGCCGGGAAGUCUUAACUGACGAAUGCUAGUAAGAAGCCGCCGCCGUUGCUCGGUUGACAAAGAGAGCUGAUGCUGCGAGGUUUUGAUUCGUUAAACCGGCUGGCGACCAGAUUCUACCGCAGUGACAGUUUUGUCUCCUUCCCCAUUUGAAGAAUUUGUGAACCUGGAGUUGAUUUCCGCCUUAAGGAUACGAGGUUGGCUCUGCGCAAUUUCGUUGGAUGAGGAUGGUGAUAACCUGUGAUUGAUACUUCCUCCCACACCAUGUUCAUACCGGAGGUAAAAUUCAUUUCACAGCCGAACAUCAUCAGGCUGAUAUCUCCAAAGGCACUCUCUGAACUCUUCCUGCGGUCUCGUCACACUCAAUUCAGGGUCGUUUGCUUUCUCCCAACGCCUCGGGAUCGCGAGAAUCGAGUGGAACCAUCCAAUUGCUAUUAUGGAUUGCCGAUUCGAGUCCACAAUGUUCGCAGAACAUACAGGGGCGGCCGCAGGAAGAAGCUCGAACUCGCCAUUGCCCAAUGCUAUGACUCCAACCCCGCGGAGCAACUCGUUCUUGACGUGCUUAAGAUGAAUCGUAACGAUUCGAGGGUGGCUUUGAACUUCUUCAACUGGGGUUCCAGCAAUCACCCACUAUCCAACCCUCCUAGUGUUUCCACCAAAAUCGUUGAUAUUCUCGGCCGGGUGAGGCAGUUUGAACACGGGGACAAGGUGCUCGAUGAAAUGUCUAAGAGAGAAGGGUUCAUCAGCGAGGAGACUUGUGAGAUAAUGACUCGCACAAUCAUUCCCAAUGGCUGGCGUGUAUUUGGAAAUGUACAUGAGGCCAAGAGAUCCGGGGAAGGCAUCACAGCAUCCAAAUGCGAGCCAGAUUUUUGCAGGUUCCCAACUGUCAUGAAGAAACGUACAAGAACUGGUAAGAAUGGCCAAGGAGUUCAACAUUUUUCAACAAGAACGGCUCCUUCCGCCGUUUCGGACUCUUACCCAUCAAAGAAAGCGUUGGACUUGAAGCGCAAACAAUCCAGAAAUGGCUUACGUUUAAACACAAGAGACACUGACAUUUUGGAAUGGAAUGUGGCCAUCUCCAGCCACAUGCGCAACGGGGACUGCGACUCCGCGUUACAGGUAUUUAACUCGAUGCCUCGUCGGAGCUCAGUCUCAUAUAACGCGAUGAUUUCAGGGUAUAUUAUGAAUGACAAGUUCAGGCUUGCUCGGGAAAUGUUCGAUAAAAUGACCGAUAGAGAUUUGGUCUCCUGGAAUGUCAUGCUUAGUGGGUACGUCAGGAAUCGGAAUCUUACUGCAGCCAGGGAAUUGUUUGAGACAAUGUCGGAUAGGGAUGUUGUUUCUUGGAACACCAUAUUGUCUGGAUAUGCGCAGAAUGGCUUUGUUGACGAGGCAAGGCGUAUUUUCGACAAGAUGCCUACUAAGAAUGCAGUGUCCUGGAACGGGUUGCUUUCUUCCUACGUGCAAAAUGGACGUAUAGAUGAAGCGCGGAGAUUGUUCGAGGCAAAGAUGGACUGGGAGACUGUUUCUUGGAACUGUUUGAUGGGGGGUUUAGUGAAAAGGAGGAGGUUAGUUGAUGCGAGGAAGCUAUUUGAUAAAAUGCCUGUGAAAGAUGAGGUUUCCUGGAAUACUGUUAUUACUGGUUAUGCGCAGAAUGGACAAGUGGAAGAAGCACAGAGAUUAUUUGAUCAGUCUCCAAGUAAAGACGUGUUUACAUGGACUGCAAUGGUUUCAGGAUACAUCCAGAAUGGCCUGUUGAAUGAAGCAAGAGCGGUUUUCGAUAGAAUGCCUGUAAAGAAUUCGAUUUCAUGGAACGCCAUGAUUGCUGGGUACGUGAAGAGCAAGAAAAUGGAGCUAGCCAGAGAACUGUUUGUGGCAAUGGACUGUAGAAAUACUAGCUCGUGGAACACAAUGAUUACAGGAUAUGCUCAGAGUGGGGAUAUAGCUCGUGCUAGGGAACUGUUUGAUGAGAUGCCUCAACGAGAUUCAAUAUCAUGGUCUGCUCUCAUUGCUGGCUAUGCCCAGAAUGGUUUCAGUGAAGAGGCUCUGCAACUUUUCGUGGAGAUGGAAAGGGUUGGAGAAAGGUUGAACAGGUCCUCAUUUACCUGUGCUUUGGCUGCAUGUUCUGAUAUUGCUGCUUUGGAGUUGGGGAAAGAAGUGCAUGGUCGGUUGGUGAAGGCUGGAUACCAUACUGGUUGUUUUGUGGGGAAUUCUCUUCUUGCAAUGUAUUGCAAGUGUGGAAGCAUAGAUGAAGCACGAGAUGCAUUCGGUGAGAUAGCAGAAAGAGAUGUCGUCUCUUGGAAUACAAUGAUCCAUGGUUAUGCAAGGCACGGAUUUGGAGAAGAAGCCUUAUCGAUUUUUGAGUCAAUGAAGAUAGAGGGUAUCCGACCAGACGAGGCGACCAUGGUUGGGGUACUGUCUGCUUGUGGUCAUGCUGGCUUAAUUGACAAGGGGACCGAAUGCUUCUACUCUAUGACCAAAGUAUAUGGAGUCGCACCAAACCCAGUCCAUUAUACUUGCAUGAUCGACCUCCUUGGUCGAGCUGGCCGCCUGAAGGAAGCUCAGGACUUGGUACGAAACAUGCCUUUCAAACCAGAUGCUGCAGCUUGGGGUGCAUUACUUGGUGCAAGCAGAGUCCAUGGCAAUAUUGUACUUGGUGAAACCGUUGCCAAGACAGUAUUCAAAAUGGAGCCAGAUAAUUCCGGCAUGUACGUUCUCCUCUCAAAUCUAUAUGCAGCUUUAGGAAGGUGGCCUGAAGUCCGUAUGAUGAGACAGAAAAUGAAGAGAGAAGGGGUCAAAAAACUUCCAGGCUACAGCUGGCUCGAAGUGCAGAACAAGAUCCAUAAUUUUAGAGUUGGGGACACUUGCCAUCCAGAGAAGGACCGGAUAUAUGGGUUCUUAGCAGAGAUGGAGGAGAAAAUGAAGCAGGAAGGCUUUGUUUCUCUGACAAAAUUGGUGUUGCAUGAUGUGGAAGAGGAAGAAAAGGAGCAUAUGCUAAAGUAUCAUAGUGAGAAGUUGGCCGUCGCGUAUGGGAUCCUGACUAUCCCAGCUGGGAGACCGGUUCGCGUGAUUAAGAACUUAAGGGUAUGUGAAGACUGUCAUAAUGCCAUCAAGUUUAUGUCCAAGAUUGUUGGGAGGUUGAUUAUCUUGAGGGAUAAUAAUCGGUUUCACCACUUCGAGAACGGUUCGUGUUCUUGUGGAGACUACUGGUGAGAGCAGCAAAAGGAACAACGCUGAAUUGAGUGAAUGAAGCCUUCAGUUUUGAACUCGCAGGUAUUUAUGCAAAAGGGCAGUUCUUUGUUCUGCUUCUGUAAAAUUACAGUAGUGUCAAUAAGUGACUGUGGUGUGUUCAUCAGGUGAAGACCUAUAAAGGCAACACAGAGGGGAAAGACUUGAAGUCUUCAAGAACUAUGAGUAGUGAGUUGACAGAGCUUUGGAGUGCCUUAAAGAUAUGCUGUCUCCACUAAUGAAGUGGUGGUAAUCAUAAUCAUGCAUUUGGGCAACUUAUUGUUGUUAAUGAGGUAAGCUGUUCCUGUGCGACCUUCUAGAUGUGUUUGGUUUGAUAAUCACCCAAGAAAGUGACUUUUCAUCAGUAAAUUGCAUUGCAUGACUGCUUCAGCAAUCAGUGGUUGGUUUAAGUGACAUAAGGUUUACAGCUAUUGAAAACCCCCUCAGCUAGUUGCCAAUUUGGUCUUGGUUUCUUGUGAGUUUUGUUGUAUCCUUUUCAUCAAUGACAUGACAAACAUUGACCUGCUCUUUUUAGUGUAAACUUGUGGCAAGGUUAACAGAAGUUGUUGAUUGAUUGAAUGAUUGAUUGAGAUAUAAGCAAAAAUGGGGAUUACCCUGAAUUAGUUGUGGAUGUUAGAGUGUGGUUGCCUCGUCUUAUCUUAAUCUCGUUAUCUACGAUUUAAGUUUUAGAUAGAUAACUGUGUUUCUUGAAGGCUUUCACAUCAGCAACAUGACAUUAAAAAACUGAUAUUAAC